CUCUAUCCGAUAUCUGUUAUUACCAGAACCUACUACAACAAACAUGUCUGCUGCUGCCGCUGCCCCCGCUGUCGCCCCCAAGGCCCCUAAGGUGAAGAAGGCCACCAAGCCCAAGGUUGCCGCCGCCCACCCUCCCUACGCCAACAUGGUCGCUGCUGCCAUCAAGGCCCUGAAGGAGAGGAACGGAUCCAGCCGUCAGGCCAUCCUUAAGUACAUCGUCGCCAACAACAAGGUUGGAGAUGCUGCCAAGGCCCAGGUCCGUGUCAAGCUUGCCCUCAAGAAGAUGGUUGCCGCCAAGAAGGUUGUUGCUGGAGGAGCUGCUGGAAAGAAGGGAGCUGGUUGCUUCAAGCUCCCAGUUGCUGCCAAGGCUGAGAAGAAGCCCAAGGCCGCCAAAAAGCCCGCAGCCAAUGCCAAGAAGCCCGCAGCCAAGAAGCCUGCUGCCAAGAAGCCCGCAGCUAAGAAGCCUGCUGCUAAGAAGGCUGCCCCCAAGAAGUAAAUUAAUCCUUACUUCGCCCCUCAUCAUCAUCAUACUCAUUUAUAAAUUUUCAUCCUCAUAGUCAUGUCUAAGAUUUUAUAUUUCUAUGUACCUGAAU